AUGCAUUUGAUGUACACUUUGGACAACGAGGGUAAGAGAGUUUACACCCUGAAGAAGAUGACCGAGGAAGGUGAGAUUACCAAGUCUGCUCAUCCAGCUAGAUUUUCCCCAGAUGACAAGUACUCUAGACAAAGAGUUACUCUGAAGAAGAGAUAUAACUUGCUUCCACAAUAA